GACUGAGCCACCCAGGCACCCUAUUGUUAUAUUUUUUUAUGUGACCUAAGUUUGUGGCCCCAGUUCUCUGAAUCUUGAUUUCCCCAUGUCUAAAAUAAGGGGCCUGUGUACAAUCUCUGACAUUCCAUCCAUGUGUCUACCAACUCUAGUCCUAACACAGGGCGCAUCUUGAAUGCAGAGAUGGAACUACUAGAGAGAGUGCGUGGCAACGCAAGCCCAAGCAGGGGGAGCGGCGGGCAGAGGGAGAAGCAGGCUCCCUGCUGAGCAAGGAGCCCGAUGACGGGACUCGAUCCCAGGACCCUGGGAUCACAACCUGAGCCAAAGGCAGACGCUUAACCGACUGAUCCACCCAGGCACUCCAGCCAAAGGCAGACACUUAACCGACUGAGCUACCCAGGCGUCCCUGCAACCAACGAUUUUUAAAAUAAAAUAGGAAAGAGCUGAAUGCACUGUACGUGAGAGAGAGAGAGAGAGCACAAGAGGGGAAGCAGCAGAGGGAGAGGGAGAAGCAGACCCGCCAAGCAGGGAGCCCAAUGUGGGGCUCGAUCCCAGGACCCUGAGAUCACAAGCUGAGCUGAAGGCAAGCACUUAACAACUGAGCCACCUACAUGCCCCUCCCCAUCUUUGUUAUAAAAGGAAAAAAAAUCCUCAUGAGACAUGUUGCCAUUUUGAAUUUUAGAUGGCAGUUCUUGGAUUUACCCUUGGUGCCUUCAUACUUGUGCUGCACAUUAGUUCUGUGGCUAAUUAUCCCAGUGGAAAAGUAGGAACAUCAUGCCGUGGAAUGGUUCCUGAACAUGGUCAUACUGCGCACCCGGAUCCUAUUCACAACAUUUCAGUGAGUCAGAUGACAUUCAGACCAGGAGAUCAGAUCGAAGUUACCUUGUCAGGGAAACCAUUUAAAGGCUUUCUCUUAGAAGCACGGGCUGCUGAGGAUUUGAGUGGCCCUCCUGUUGGCUCCUUCACAUUGAUUGACAGUCAGGUGUCACAGCUUCUGACCUGUGAAGAUGUACAGGGAUAUGCUGUGAGUCACACAAGUCCAUCCAAGAAAACAAAAAUUAAAGUCUACUGGAAUGCUCCAAGCGAUGCUCCAGAUCACGUAAAGUUUCUAGUCACAGUUGUUGAGAAGUAUAAAAUCUACUGGGUGAAGAUUCCUGGUCCUAUAAUUUCACAACCAAACGCCCUGCCUUUUACGACACCUGAAGCUACAAGAGCCCCUUUGUCGACAUUCCCUCCGGUCUCCCAUCUAACCAAAUCAUUCAGUGCUUCAGAUUGUGGGAACAAGAAGUUCUGUAUUAGGAGUCCUGUGAACUGUGACCCAGAGAAGGAGCCGGCCUGUUUCUUCUUGUCCUUCACACGAGAUGACCAGUCAGUGGUGGUUGAAAUGAGUGGUCCCAGUAAAGGCUAUUUAUCCUUUGCGUUUUCUCAUGACAGAUGGAUGGGUGAUGAUGAUGCUUAUUUGUGUAUUCGUGAAGAUCAGACUGUGCACAUACAACCUUCCCAUUUGACAGGGCGAAGUCACCCUGUGAUGGACUCCGGGGGUGCUCUUGAGGAUCUGGCUUGGAGGCUGGCGGAUGGUGUUAUGCAGUGUUCUUUCAGAAGAAACAUUACCCUUCCUGGGGUUAAGAAUAGAUUUGAUCUAAACACAAGCUACUACAUAUUUCUAGCAGAUGGUGCAGCUGACGGUGGUCAAAUUUAUAAGCAUUCUCAGCAACCUUUGAUUACAUAUGAAAAAUAUAAUGUGACAGACUAUCCAAGGAAUGUGGGAGGAUCCCGUUCUUUUUUCCUUCUGAAGGCUCAUGGUGCCUUAAUGUUUGUGGCAUGGAUGACUACCGUGGGCAUAGGUGUGCUCAUUGCUCGGUUCUUCAAAUCUGUGUGGUCAAAGGCUUUCUUUGGUCAAGCAGCUUGGUUUCAGGUGCAUCGGAUGCUCAUGCUCAUGACCACCGCCCUUACCUGCAUUGCUUUUGUUCUGCCUUUUGUUUACAGAGGAGGCUGGAGUUGGUAUGCAGGUUAUCACCCGUAUCUUGGUUGUAUAGUGAUGAUUUUAGCAGUUCUUCAGCCUCUUUUGGCAGCCUUCAGGCCAACUUUACAUGACCCAAGAAGGCCAAUGUUUAACUGGACUCAUUGGAGUAUGGGCACAGCUGCUAGAAUAAUAGCAGUGGCAGCAAUGUUCCUGGGAAUGGAUUUACCAGGACUAGAUCUUCCUGGCCCAUGGAAAACCUAUACAAUGAUUGGAUUUGUAGCCUGGCAUGUUGGGGUGGAGAUUGUUCUGGAGAUACAUGCCUACCGACUUUCUCGAAAAGUUGAAAUAUUGGAUGAUGCCAGAAUUCAGAUCCUUCAGUCAUUUACUGUAGCUGAAGCAGAAGGUCAUGCUUUUAAAAAGGUGGUGUUUGCAGUUUAUAUCUGUGGGAAUGUGACUUUUCUCAUCAUCUUCUUAUCUGCAAUCAACCAACUCUGAGCAAGCAAAGACCUUGGCUUUGCAGACCAGAUGAUAAUGAUCAUUAAGCCAAAGAAACUUGAAGCUUAUACUGACUGCUUGGAGCAUAUUCAUGAAUUCUGAAUUAGAAGAGCAGGUCAUAUCUGUAGAGGAAUUCUGAGUAGCGGUCUUUAGAGAUCAACUUUUAGCAGGGUCCUAUGGACUCUAAAAAGGACAUCAAGCCUUUAUGUGUGGCUCUGAGUGUUACCAGGGAAGGUUAUCCUUGAGGAGAAAUGACUCUCAGAUAUUUUUCAUGAUGAGAUUUUUAGAAUGUUAGCAUUUAAGAAGAGAACUGUUUGGAAAGGCAGAAAUGAUGUUAUUUGGAGGAAAUGGAGAUUGUAUUAAAGUGAAUAUAUUUUGGACUAUAAAGGUGCUGUUUUAAAGCCAAUAUUUAUGCUAGUUUAUCUGAAUGGUCUUUCUUAGGACAUUUUUUUGAGAAACUGUGUUUUUCAGUCCAGUUUUUUGGACAUGUCCUUUUUUCUUUGUAUUCUUUACUUCUCUGGUAAAGGUGGAAGUGGGGCUAACUUACAUUGUAUUAACAUUUAAAUAUAUUAUGGAUAUUAGAAUUUCUUAGCAGUGAAAUGCAAGUGUGCAUCUUCUGCUUAAGACUGUAUUUAUAUAUUCAGUUACAGGGCUGAAAGGACAUUUUAUAUAUUAAUUGUUUUGACUCUUAAGAUUAAGUCCUAGCUUUUGGAGAUUGUAGACUUGCAUUUCAAAAAUAAUAAAAUUUACCCUUGUGAAUA